GGCAGUGACCCUGAGGCAGAUUUGAGCUUCAUGAUGUCAGAAUAUAAAGAAUACCGCCGUUCACAGGUCAUAGCACCUAAGGCCACCACUCAGUACAAUCAGUUCCUGCCAUCAAAGGAAAAACAGUCAGGCUACGUUCCAGCACCAUUACGCAAGAAACGUGCAGAGCGAAAUGACGACAACAGAAGAAGCUGGGCUAGCCCUAUGUACACAGAAGAUGAUGGCUCUUUUACAAGUCAUGAGAGUGCAGGUUCAGACCCUUCAUCUAUCACCGGGUUGAAAUCCCAGACUGCUGCUCACCCGUCUUUGGCCUAUGAGUAUGAGAGCAGUGAUUCGGAUGCAGACCGAAUGGAUCCCGACGUGGUUCUAGAUGACCUUGCUAGCCGUAGAUUUCACAGCCCCUCCUCUGUCGCUCCAACCAACUUUGCCAUACCCAUGAGCCAGCUGGAGGCAGCUGCUAUCCCUUGUACUACCAGGUCACAGGUGGCUGUCAGUAAUGUGUCCCGGCAGACACUGACCCAUCUCAGCAGUCAAUCACAGCCUCUUGAGAGGACUUACAGGAGGCCUGUAUCCACUGGUGUCUGCAUUUAUGAUGACUCUGAAGAAGAGGAUGACGAGUUUGGCUAUGCUGAUCCUGUUCAAGAUGAUCUGUAUGCCCGUAAAGCAGGUCUGAGGCCUCAACCGUCUGUAACAGUGCCUUUUGAUACAUUUCUGCCCAAGUUCUGGACACCUGAGGAGGAUGUACUCGUGAAGAAGAUCAAACUGGGCUCCCAGCGUCGGCCUUGGUACAGGAAGAUCCAAGGUUUCAGCUACAAGAAGUCAGGUUUGUCUUCUGAAGAAUCAGACAGUGAUGUCAACCCCUGGCUCUCUGUACCUACUUUCUCUUGCACUCAGUCUGAACCCCCUCCCUCUCACUCCCAUGCACCUGAAGGCCUCGCUCUGUCCAGCCACACUUCCACGCUCAGUUCUCAAACACAACCCCUCACGGUUGCUCAGCAGAGUGCUGGGCUGCAUAAGUUAGAACCCCCUGAUUUUUGGCCCAGACCGGAUCCUGCCUCUGGCCCCAGACUCAUAAAAUGUGAAAAGCGUCCUCUUCUAGGGCGUGAACACCCUAAUGACCCAUACAACGUUUCUGCUGACAUCCUGCCUGAUUUAGAAAAUGAUGAUAUGUUUACACGUCGUACAAAAACCUUCCACUCAAGUGAUGACCUGGCCAAGUUGAAGUAUGGUAACUUCCUGUUGCCUCGCCGCAGAUCGGAGGCCGACUUCAUGGUGGUAAUUCAGCCCCGCCAUGAGGGUGAACCUGUUUAUCCUGACAUUGAAAAAGAUGAUGUGGUUUUUCGAAGGGCUCAACAGCAAAUCAGCAAUCGCCCUCUGUCUGGGGCCCCUGAUAACUACCACCCUGUUCCUAUUCCAGAGGCAUGGGCUUUGCCACCAAAACUUCAGGCCAAGUUGAUAUGUGACCCAGUUGAACCCAGACAGCACAAAUCCAAACCAGAGAUUAAACAUGGAGCAGAACAGCACCUGAAAACAGAUGAUAUGCUACUUAGGAAGCUACGGGCUUUAAAUACCCAAGGAAAGAAGGAAAGGGGAGCUCCCAGUGUUUCUUUCUCUUGCAGUGAUGAAGAUGUGCAGAAAUGGCAAGCUAUCAGAGAGGCCAGCCGUGUGCGAUACUGGAAGAGGCUGAUGGUGGAGAGCCUGCUCCAGAAAAGCUCUGGUAUUGAAGGGAGCAAAUCAGUGAGCGACAUCACCGACAGUGAGACGAACCUCAGCAACUCGACGAUGGAGUUGCGCUUUGAAGAGCUGCAGAAGAUGCGCACUCGGAUUAAGGAAAAUGAGGAUAAGUGGCAAGAUAAUCUUACAAGGUGGAAGAAUAAGCGCAGGAGUGUGAAUUCUGACAUUGUGAAGAAGAAAGAGGAGAGGGAACAGAUCGAGCAAAACACUUCAGGCACCAGGAAAUCAAAGACCUUCAAGGAAAUGCAGGAUGAGAGAGAGAGCCGAGAGCAAAGCAACUACAGGGACAGCUUUAACUCCAUCACUGAUGAUGUCUUUGAAGAACCUGUACCCCGAAGCAGAACUCUGCCAGUACAUAGCUACACCAUUGAUACCCCUUACACCCCCAUGGACAAACCUUCAGUACCCUCCAUACCAUCUCUGAGAGAAAAGGAACCUGUCGCUGGCACUCUGGCAUCGGAUCAGACAGAUUUUCCUACCAAACGUGAUCGCUCCAGCCCAGAUAUCCCACUUAAAAUGAGUAACAACAUUGUGGAGAGCCAAACAACGACCCAAAGCCUUCUGGAUGAUCCAGUUCCUGCGUUCUCCAACAGCAACUCCAGCCUGAUUAAGCGCACCAGUGCGAUCAAGCCCACCAGCGUCAGUAAACCCAGCAGCAUUCUCAUCAGCUCAGAGUUGAUUAGCAGCACUAAGCCAGUCAAAAACUCCAGUGGUCUCAUUAGCUCUUUGUAUAAACCCAAUUCAAUGGAUAUAAAGCAGUCUGGGCUGGAUCAAGUUUCUGCCUCCCUCCCCAGGAGCUACCAGAGAUCAGAUAGCGCAAGACUCACCUCCGUAGUCACGCCCAGGCCAUUCGGCACACAGUUCAACCGAAUCGCCUCCCUUCCCAGAGCAUUCACGAUGGAUGACUCUCUUAAGCGCACAAAUGGCGAGACAGACAGCCUCAAGAAGACAACGGUUUCCAACCGCUCUGCUCAAUAUGUGAAAGAUGAACAUAUUUCCCAGGAAAGUCCAGUGCAAAGCAGUGACGAAGAGGAGAAAACCCGGUCUCCUGUCCCUCCAGUCAACAGGGUGUCCUCCCUGCCCAAAUCUCCAUCCCCACUCAUUCCUCCUAACGAGGUGGACUACAGUGAGAUGAGGAUCAGCCUGAACCAGAAACCCAACAGCAGCCGGGACUUUGGCUUCCAGAGCGACUGGGACUCCACUGGGGUCCGUGUCAAAACUGUAGUUCCAGGCAGCCCAGCAGAGCACGGUCAAGUGAAGGUUGGAGACGAGAUCCUUACAGUAAACGGCCACAGGGUGGCAGACAUGAACUAUAAUGAGUGGAAGAACAGUAUGGCGGCGGCCUUGCAGCAGGGUAGUCUGCUUAUGGACAUCUGUAGACAUGGCAAGAAUAACUGGGGCAGAGACCUACCUUCCCUUCCAUUUAAAAGCCAUAAGACCAUCAAUCUGACCAGUCUGGAUCCUCUAGGUCCCUCUGAGUCAUACCUCAGCACCAGCCUGGAUUUCACAUCCCAACAAACCAAGGAUACGGUUGUGAAAACUGUGAAUGUCAGCUCUCAGCCUGGAAAUAAUUAUGGUUCGAAUGGGAUAAAUGGUGGUUUCCAUGAGGAUUCAGAGACUGUGAAUAAUAAAGAAUCUGAAUCAAUUACUAUGAAAAACUUAAAAAGGAGGUCAGAGUUUUUUGAACAAGGUGGAUCCGAUACAGCAAUAUCAAAUCUGCCUAUUCCCUCCAUCACUACAUCCACUGAACGCUACUCCUGGGACCCAGAAGAAGAGCGCAGACGACAUGAGAAGUGGCAGAAAGAGCAGGAGCGCUUGCUGCAGGAGAAGUACAAAAAGGACCAAGAAAAACUCGAUGAGGAGUGGAGAAAAGCACAGAAAGAGCUUGAGAAGGAGAGCUUCAAAAAACAUGAGGAGGAGAUGCUGCAUUUAGAGGAAGAGAGGAGAAAAAGAGAGGAACAAGAGCGCCUUGAGGAAGAGAAGAAAAAGAGAGAAGAAGAGAGGAAAAAAAGAGACGAGGAGAGACUGCGUUUAGAGGAAGAGAGGAGAAAACGACAGGAACAAGAGCGCUUUGAGGAAGAGAAGAAGAAGAGAGAAGAAGAAGAGAUGAAAAAAAGAGAGCAGGAGAGACUGCUUCUAGAGGAAGAGAGGAGGAGAAGGGAAGAACAAGAACGCCUUGAGGAACAGAGGAGGAAGAGAGAAGAGGAAGAGCGCUUCCUUCGGGAAAAAGAGAGGAACAGAAGAGAGGAGGAGAGGAGGCGACUAGAAGAGCAGAAGAGAUUUCAGGAGCAAGACCAAAGUAAGGUGGACUACUUUGGCUAUACCAAUGUUUACCCUCAGUUAUCCUACUCACACAGAUCCAUUUCGAAAUCUACUCCAGAACUUGAUGAGGUUGAAAAAACAGAUAUUAAAGCAGCGAGCGGUGGUCUGGGUGAGUUCAGUAGAGACUAUAAGAAAGAGCCUCUGUCUCAGUCUGAGGUUGAGAGGCAGCAGAUCCUUCAGGAAAUGAAGAAGAAGACUUCCUUGAACACAGACAACAGCUGGAUUCGCCAGCAGACCUCCACCAGUGUCACCGCCAAAGAACCGAUUGAUCUGCCCAUCAGGAGAGGCGAGUCACUUGACAACCUCGAUAUGCCUCGUUCCUCUUGGAGUUCAUCAUGGAGCACAUCUAACAGCACCUCGUCCAUACCAGACUACAGCCGGCCUCAUUCGUCUCUCUCUGGCUCCUUGUCGCACCAGAGUGGACGUCCAGGGUCUGCCACUCUGCAGUCAUCUCAGUCCAUGAGCUCCCUCAGGCAGUCCUGGUCCCCAUCUGCACCUACACCAGAGCCAGAGCCUCGAGUUCCACCGCGGAAUAGGUCAGUGAGUGGCAGGAAAAUAUGUUCGUUCUGUAAUACACCACUGGGCAAAGGAGCAGCCAUGAUCAUCGAGUCCCUGGGGCUCUGUUAUCAUUUGAGUUGUUUCAAGUGCUUUAACUGCAGGUCUGAUUUGGGAGGCUCAGAAGCAGGAGCAGAAGUCAGAAUACGAAGCCAACAGCUCUAUUGUAACGCCUGCUAUAUUCGACUCAAAACUGGGCAGCCCACAGCCUUGUGAUCUUGCAGUACUGCAGCAGAUCGAGGAGGAACCAAUCACAGACAAGGAACUGUAAACACUAAGAGUGUGUUGGAGAUGUGAUGAACAUUGGGUGAUUUAGCCAGCCUUGAUUAUUCAAUGAGCUUCUAUUCUUCCUUUUUUACUUAUGAGAGGGUGAGAUUCCUAAGGUUAUGACUAUUUGAAAGUAUUAGUAAUUGUUUGUACAAAAGGGAUGCGCAUGUACCUGAAUAUGAACUAUGCAUUUGAAAAGAUAAUUCAUCACUUUUUCAUCAUCACUGAUUGAAUAUCCUGAUGACUUUUGGCUGGUUAACUGAUAUCUCUAUGGUCUUGAAAGUGUUUAUAGUAAUUAAUAGAAAUAUGCAAUUUUAUUGUUAUUGCUUAUCUAGGUUUCUCCUGCAGUCUUUUCUAUAUAAGAUUUGCUGACUAAAAUAUCCUGUUAUUCCACUUCAUCUGUGUGCCUUUUUGUGUUCUUAUGGAAAGAGAUUAUUAAGGAUAAAUCCAUUAAGAAUUUAUUUAAAAGUGGCAUGGUUAGUAAGCAGCACUCAUGAGUUAUGUACUCUUUCAUUGGUAGCAUCUAUUUUAUGCAUCUGAGCAAUUUCUCUGCAGGGGAAAAGAUGAAUUGAGAACAAGAGCAGCAGCAUGCUCAGUUAUAAUUGUAAAUAAAAUGUCCAAACUGUAA